GUGUCAUUAACCAGACUGCUGAGUUUAAUUCAGACUUCACAGAUUUGAGCCAAACUCCAGACGGAUAAAGAAACACUCAGAAUGGGUAUUCAGGUCAUGUUCGUUGUCCUUUUCAUGUUUUUAGCCACAGUGGAAUCUCAAAAAGGAGGAGUCUCAUUCUGGAGAAACAAAGUUACUCUGACCUGUCCACAAAACGGAACAUGGAUCAAUAAAAUGGACGCUAAAACUCUUUUAGAACCUGGUGUAACUUAUGAAUUCAACUACAAAGGCCAGGCCCAAUAUUAUUGUGAAUAUGAUAAUGAAGAGGAGAAGAUAAAGUACGACUUCUUCGUAAAAGGGAAGGCCUGUGAUAACUGCUUUGAGGUGGAUGGACUCCUGUUCAUGCUGGUGAUUCUCGUGGAUGUGAUCGGGACUGCAGUGGUGAUGAGGAUAAUCUACGUUUGCACCAAGAGGAAACAUCCAAAUGCGCCGCUUCAACCCCCAAGAACACGUAGAACCCGGCCUCAAGCGGACCAAUCUUCUGCCUAUGAGGUGGGUAUUGUCAGGAACCGUAUUACAAAAAGAGGAGCAACAUUCUGGAGAAAGAAAGUCACACUAACCUGUCCUGGAAAUGAAGAUGUAACCUGGUUCAAGGGAAACCUGGAUAAACCUGAAGAAUCCAAACAAUCUCCAAACAAUGUCUCAUUUACAUUCACAUAUGAACGCCAAGUCCAAUACAGAUGCCAAUACACGAUAAAUAAAAAUGAAAAAGUUAAUUAUUAUUUCUAUGUCAAAGGAAAAGCCUGUGAUAAAUGCUUUGAACUGGAUCCAAAGUUCUUUCUGACAAUCAUUGUUGUGGAUGUAAUUGGGACCGUUGUUGUGAUGAUGAUAAUCUACAAGUGCUACAAGAAGAAAAGCUCAGAUGGACAAACCCCCUCUACUAAACCGACUCCAAGAGCUGGUCACCGGGCUCCACAUGGUCCAUCUGCUGAGUAUGAGACACUCAACCCAAACACUCGAUCACAGGACACCUACUCUACUGUUGUGAACAGUGGUAUGGUGCACAGGACUGGAUAGAGACGUCUCGCAUCUCCUCUAUAAUUCUAAAACUCCUUACAUACAUCCUCACAGAUUUUAAUUUUGCUUUAUUUCAAAUUCCAAAUUUAUCAAAAGUAUAGCGUCAUACUGAAAAGCAGAAAUGUGGAGUCCUUGUAUAUUACGCCAGCUUGAAAUCAUUUUUUAUGGUUUCAAAACAAACGCGACCUUAAAACAUUAAAACAAAAGCAAUAAACAUUGUUGGUAGUUGACACAAACCAUUUCAUUCUACUUGUUUAUUAAAACAGUUUAUACAGUAUAAGUGAAAGAAUAAUUUAUGGCAGGUGGGUUAAAAACUAAGUUAAUAUGUUAUACAGUAAUGAUUUUAAAAAGUACAUCUUUAGUUCUAUGUAUCUGGGAGUUUUAUCAGGGAUUUUUUCUAUUAAUUUACAUUCGGUUUAUUUACAUGGCACAACUCAUGUCUCAAGGAAAUUUACAAAGACAAAAACAGCUCGAGAUAAAUGUAAAAUAUGUUUCAAACUAGCAAAGAACAGAAAGUUCAUAUAUUGUAUGUAAACUUUAGAAAGUACGAAGGUGAACUGGUUUAAUUUUUACCACUAAUUAGAACCUUCAUUGUUACCAAUUAAGGGCAUCUUGCCGCUCUAUAUUAUACAUAUUAUGCUUUGAAUAUUCAAACUUUUUAUUAGCUUUAAUAACAUGUAUGAUCAAACUCAAACAGUUAUUUGCUGUAUUGUUUUUUCUAACUGUAUUUGUGCUUUUACUAAUGUUUAUAUUACACAAGCAGCAAAUUUUGUCAGCUGUUUUAUUUCAUUCUCUUUUUUCUUUUUCUUUUUUUUCUCUGUAUUAAGUGUCUCUAAUUGAAAUAAA